CACUUGAUCAGGUCGGUGAGAAAAGUCCAACUCAAAAACCCAACGAUUCACCCCACCAUCACCAUCACCACCACCAUCACCACCACCUCAUCCUUCUUCUUCAAUUUUCUGUGAAAUUCCACUACUUUCUCAUUGCUUCAACGCACUGUUUUGCAAGCUAAUCUUCUUCAUUCUCUCAACAAGGGCUAUGGCUGAUACUGCUCACAACAACCUCAAUGCUAAACUCGUCUUACUUGGAGACAUGGGUACUGGUAAAUCGAGCCUUGUCAUACGUUUCGUGAAGGGCCAAUUUCUCGAAUUCCAAGAAUCAACCAUCGGGGCGGCCUUCUUCUCACAGACGGUAUCUGUGAACAGUGCCACUGUGAAGUUUGAGAUCUGGGACACUGCUGGCCAGGAGAGGUAUCAUAGCUUGGCUCCCAUGUAUUAUAGAGGUGCCGCUGCUGCGAUCAUCGUUUACGACAUCACUAGCUCGGAUUCAUUUGCAAAGGCUAAGAAGUGGGUGCAGGAACUACAAAAGCAAGGUAAUCCUAACAUGGUUAUGGCACUGGCUGGAAAUAAAUGUGAUCUUGAAGACAAGAGGAAUGUAACUGCCGAAGAAGCCCGUGCUUAUGCUGAUGAAAAUGGUCUUUUCUUCUUGGAAACCUCUGCAAAAACUGCAGUUAAUGUCAAUGAUACAUUCUAUGAAAUAGCAAAGAAGUUACCUAGAGCUCAACCAACCCAAAAUCCAGCAGGAAUGCUCUUGGUUGAUAGACCUGCAGACGGAUCUCGUGCUGCAUCAUGUUGUGGUUAAGAACUGCCUGGGAAAUAACUACCGGCAGGUACUUUUCCUUGUAUGUCCCGCGUCCAUGGAAGUUGCGAGAAGUGUGCAAGUGAGACUCGUUAUGGUCUUUUCACAAUCUGUGUCUCGUAGGAAGCUGUAAAUGUAGUCUUUUUUUAUGCGAGUAUGUCGACUGCUGACUAAUCAUAAAAUUUCAUCUCUUUACCUCUGCAGCGGGUUUUGCAUUCCCGUACCUUAAAUCAAUAGUAUGUGAAUCAAAGAAUGACCCCACGAUAAUGUUCGUCUAAUUUAUUAUACUUCAUGUCCUAGUAUAUUUAAAGAUAAA